GUAUACUGUGAGGAACCUGACCUCAAUCUUCUUAUUGGUAAUAUCAGCCUUGGGCACUGGGCCCGUUUAAAAUUAAGAAAGAAAAAAUAAAAAUAAAAAUGGUUGCAUCCUGCUGUGUCUCUGCCUGAAGAUUGCUAAAGCUGAGUGUUUGCAGUCCAUGUCACAAAAUAUCAGAGAGAUGUUUCUGUUGUCCAUGUCAGUGAUCACUUGGCCAUUUGUAAUACUCACAGUAGUAAUGGACAGCAUAGCUCUGGUCAAGGGAGGAAGCUUAUUUCAGGCCAACAUCUUAAAUAUCAUUUUACCAGUGAUGACUUGUAUUCACACUGUUCUGUCGUACCUACUCUUUGGAGCUGAAUGUUGUGUGCUUUCAGACUUACAAAAGGUUUAUAAGGACUUAGGAAGCCUCACUUUUAUGAACAUGUACCUGGGAGCAGGAAUCCUUGGGGUAGUGCCAGCUGUGAGGUCAACGCAGAAACACAAGAGGGGCGCAGCUAUCUGGGUAAGAGAUGGAGUUGGGGGGGGAGCUACAACGUGGAGCAGACGAAUGGCUGAUGACCUUGGAGAAGGGAUGCAGGCGGUUACAGAGGGUUGUAACCUGCGCUAUAUGCUUGAGGACCGGCUGGAGGGCGAUAACGACAUGGAGGAUGAGGACUGGCAGGAGGAUGGAGCAAAGGAAGACGAAGAUAACUACGGCGUCAGCAUCAACAACAACAACAACAACAACAACAACAACAACAACAACAACAACAACAACAACAACAACAACAACAACGACAACAACAUCAACAACAACAACGACAACAACAAUGGCCACAGUGACAACAACAACGGCGACAGCAUCAACAACAACAACUACAAUGACAACAACCAUAACAACAACGACAACAACAGCUUCAAUAACGACAGCGUGGUCGGGGAUGACGGUAAAAGCAACAACAAGGACAACAACAACAAAAACAACAACGAUGACCACGGUAACAGCGGGACUGGCAGCAGUGACCGUGCAACCAAUUUCAUCAUCACAAUAGUGAGUGAGAUGCCGGCAUCUGACGUGGACAGUGGGAAGGGGAUUGGGGCUGAAACAAAGUGGUCUUCUUAUCCUCCCCCCUCCAAUCUUGAUAUGGAAUUGCUUCUUGCUGUCCGGCUCAGGGAGGGGGUAGAAUAGUCGAAGGGAUUAAAAGUGCCGGACCCGCAAUUUCAAUCAAGGAGGGUGAUCAGCCUCUGCUCGGCGCGAUGAUGGAGAUAUGGCUGAUAGGGUUGAUAAAGAGGUUCAGGGUUUCCCCCUCAGAUGACAUAUGUUGAUUGAUAGAUGGCCCCCAAGGGGAGUGGGUAGUUUAGGGUUUCGUGCUCUGCUUUGACUUCUCUGUUGGGGGAUUUAUGAACAUGUGUAUUGUUAGGACAAUACUUCAUGGGCUGGAGGUUAAUCCUUCCCUUACACGGGGAAGUAAUCAAUGCCUCGGCUCUUU